UUCUUUUCGCCUUUCACCUCCUUCCAACGUCUGGACUUAAAUCCGGUAUCGCUUUGAAGGCGGGGCUGGGGCCUGUUGAGGAUGGGAGGUACCUGCCAGCCGGAGGUGCAGGAUUGUACCAUCUAGACUGCUGGGCUCCGUGGUGAUCAUGGAGGAGCCCUCGGCGGAGGGGCUUGAUGAGGAGGAGCUGCUGGUGAGAAGGCAUCGCAAAGAGAAGAAGGAGUUGCAAGCCAAAAUUCAAAGUAUGAAGAAUGCCGUUCCCAAGAAUGACAAAAAGAGAAGGAAGCAACUCAUUGAUGAUGUUGCUAAGUUGGAAGCAGAAAUGGAACAGAAACAGAGAGAGGAACUGGAGCAGUUGAAACUGACUUCUAAGGAGAGUAAAAUAGAUUCUGUUGCUGUUAACAUUUCAAACUUGGUUCUUGAGAAUCAGCUGCCUCGGAUAUCAAAAGCACAAAAGAGACGGGACAAAAAAGCUGCAUUAGAAAAGGAGCGGAAAGAAAGGAUAGCUGAAGCUGAAAUUGAGAACUUAUCUGGAGCUAGACACAUAGAAAGUGAAAAACUUGCUCAAAUAUUGGCAGCUAGACAGUUGGAAAUCAAACAGAUUCCAUCUGAUGGUCACUGUAUGUAUAGAGCCAUUGAAGAUCAACUGCAAGAACAGGACUGCCCUCUGACUGUGGCUGCCUUAAGAAGUCAAGCUGCUGACUAUAUGCAAAACCACGUAGAAGACUUUCUGCCAUUUUUAACAAACCCUAAUACAGGAGAUCUAUAUACUCCAGAAGAGUUUGGAAAGUACUGUGAUGAUAUUAUAAACACAGCUGCAUGGGGAGGUCAACUUGAGCUAAGAGCCCUGUCUCAUAUUUUACAAACACCAAUAGAGAUAAUACAGGCAGAUUCUCCUCCUAUUGUAGUUGGUGAAGAAUAUCACAAAAAACCAUUAAUACUUGUAUAUAUGAGACAUGCAUAUGGCUUAGGAGAACAUUACAAUUCUGUUACAUGGUUGGUGAACAGAGCUACUGAAAAUUGCAGCUAGUUUACAAAAAGUUGCACAAUUAUGUUUUAGUACCAGUAUAUGAGUAUUCAAACCAAGUGCUGGAUUGUUCUAAAUGUUACUGGAAAAACACAACUACCUGAAAUUUGUUUUAUGGCAAAGCUACUAACAGGUUUUUAGAAAAUGUCUCAGAGAUAAACUUUAACCAGUGUCCCCUAAGUGGUAUUUUAAAAACACAUGUAAAUCCAUUGUGGAGAUCAUUUAUAGACCAAGAUGCAACCCUAUUUGCUGAUAUUUUUAUUAAUAUAGGAUCCUGAACGUUCUGUUGAAAUAAAAUCUUAAAUGUUUUACUAAAAGCUUACAGUAACCACUUCAGUGUAAUUUUUCUUGAAGAAAUGAGACUCAGUCUCUUUGUCAUUGCAAUACUGUGGUGAUCGUGAUAGCGACUUUAACGCUUAUAAAUGAACUUGAUUGCGGUAACCUUGGUAUCAAUGGGAUUAAUACUGUGAACCUUUUUAUAAGCCCAUCAAAGUAUAGCUGAGAAGCUUGCUUUAAUGAUUAAGAAUUGUAAAAUAUUUUUUCCUAUGGGAAUCAGUUAUAUUUUAAGAAAUGAGACAAAUUUGAAGGUAAAUAGGUAUUCCCUAUCAGAUUUAAACCUCUAAAGCAGUGGUCCCCGACUUUUUUGGCACCAGGGACCAGUGCUCCUAUGAGAAUCUAAUGCCUGAUGAUCUGAGGUAGAGCUGAGGUGGUGACGCUAGUCCUGGGGAGUGGCUUCAAAUACAGACGAAGCUUCACUCCCUGCUUACUUCCUGCUGUGCAGCUCUGUAUAAGUCCGUGGCUGGGGGGUUGGGGACCCCUACUCUAAAGAAUUACAGCUUAGCCUUUUAUUUGUGUGUAACUUAAAAAAAACCCAACAGAUUCUUGUCUAAUUCACUUGUUACUACUUGCUGUUUCUUAAACUUCAGAAUGGAAUUAGUGCCAUCAUUUCUUGAUUAUCUUCAUAACUACAGUUUUUUGGUUUGUUGUGUUUUCUUUAUCACCACUCAGCUGCUUUGCUUUCCUUGCAGCAUUUUCCACUAAGAAAUAGUUUGUGGCCUCACUUAACCUUUAACUUGUACAAUUUGAAAGAGUAGCAAUGUAAAAAGGCCCAAGGCUAAAAUUUCUUCAAAUUUUCUUUUCCAAUUUGUUUUACAAGAUCUUUCUCUGUUUUAUUUUCUAGGAUUAAAAGAAAGCCUUUGUUACUUGUUAUUUUGUUUGCCUUAUUAAUGUACCUUUCCUUAACUCAAGUAUUUUCAGUAUUUUUUUUUAUUACAUUAUGGAUAAAGUUGAAAGCCACUCUUUAGGAGUCAAGACUAUAUAGUAAAAUCAGUAUACAAUGCUUUUUGGUGUGAAUGAUUUAUCUAAAUCAGAUUUCAGGUUACAUAUAACGUAUUCCAUCUAAGAAGAUAGUACUUAUAUAUACAAAUGUGUCUGAUAAUUUAUAUAUAAGGAAGUAUUAUGAAAAUGAGACUUUCUUGGUUGGAUCUAUUUUUCCUCAAUUAGAAAUAACUAGUAACAUUGAGCAUGAAGUUUAUGACAUUUUAAUUUGAGCUUCAUUAAUCCAGCUAAUUUUUACAAUUAAAUGUGGAGUUUAUAGUAUUUAAAAUGAGGUGUCAGUCUCACCUGCCUAGCAGUUGACUAUGUAGGAAGCUGGUCAACUAGAGCAAGUGAGUACUGCAUUUCAAGAGUUUAAAAACAAUUCUGCCUGCCAAACAAAAUAUAUUCUGAAGGUUGCUUGUUUUGUAAUCCAUGAUCUGAAUUUCUGGGGGUCUGAAAUGUAUAAAAUAAUGAAAUUUUAAAACACUAAGUAUCUUGGCUUUAUUUUGAAGUAAUUUAUUACUUUAAAAGAUAAACAUUAGGAAGUAAUAAAAUAAGAUCAUGAAUCCUCGUUAUUACAAAUUCCAUCUAUAUUUAAAGUAUUCUAAAAUAACCUGCUGGUAGCUAUUGUUUUCCCUAACGAGUGUUUUCUUGAUUAUAGGUUUAUUUUUUAUUUUUAUUUUUAAAUGCCCAAUAUGGUUAUGAACAAGACAUGUAUGGUUAACUUCCAUUCUUUCAUAAAACUUCAGAUAAAAAUCAUUUUAGCUGUAACCUAAAAUUUAAGUCUUUAAAAAAUGGCAGAUGUUAAUUUAAAAGCACGUACACUAAUUUAGUUUGCUGUAUGAUGACAGUUUAAUAGAAGUUUUCUAAUCUUUAUUUGGUCCUAACUCAAAAAGUGUUAGAGUUCUGGAAUAUGUGUUAAGCCAAGAAUUUUAUCCCCUUAAAUAUGUUUACAACUUGUAUAAAGCAAAAAAGAGUGUUAUAACUAUAGUGAGCAAUAUAGUUUUGUUCAUAUCUGUUUGCCAAAAGAAUAAAAGAUGAAUUAAGUAAA